UCCUGGUUUAUCAGUGAAGCAGGAAGAGAAGCAGAGUUAGAAACCAUCAGCAGCUCAGGAUGAAGGUCUGUCUCACUCUGACCUGCCUCCUCUUCCUCAGUGACUGCUCUGCAGGAUGGAGACGCUGCAGAAACUUAUGCAGGAAUGGAAGGAGAAAACAUCAGAGUUGAAUGUAAAUUUAAUUUCAAUGGAAAUCCGAUAAUCUUCUGUAAGGAAAACUGUGAAGGAGAAAAUAUUCUGAUUAACACAACAGAAGGCAGCACUAAGAAAGGCAGAUACAGCACUUCCUAUGAAACACAUUAUACUUCAGCUUUUCUCCAUGUGAGAAUCUCAGAGGUGAAACGAUCUGAUUCAGGACGGUACCGAUGUGGUUUUGGUAAAGACCGAUCUCAAGAUUAUGAAUUUUAUCUGGAUGUGACUGAAGCUACAACUUCAGAACCAAACUGGACCCUGAAGACUUUUCCAUUAACAAUGAACAAAGGUCUGCAGCUUUAUCUGAUUCUGUCUCUGGUCGCCAAGAUCAUCUUGUUAUCGACACCUUUGAUGAUUUCCUGUUGGAAGAAGAGAACCACGAAAAGCAAAGAUUCUGCUGGGGAGACUGGGAACGCUGCCGUCUCUCAGAUCAACCCAGAGAGAGAGGAAAACCCAGAGGACAGACAGAACAAUUAAUCUGCUGAUGAAAUAAUUCCUGUUUAUUCCUGAAUUAAUCUCAAAAAAACAUUUAGUCUCAUAUUUUCACUAGAAAAUAACUGAAUGUCAAAGAUACAGGAACGUUUCUACACAUUAUAAAGGAGUUUUGCCACUUGGCUAAAAAAUGUUUCUUCAUUGAAUGUUACAGAAGAUGUUUGAAAGAUAAUCUAAUUACCGUGUUGUAAAGAUGUUUUUUUAAUAAACUCCUGUAAAUAAGCAAAUAUUUUGUAUUUUAAUAAAUUCAAUUUUCUACGUUAGCAUUAAAAAUAUGAGGAUAAGACCUUAAAUAAGACAAAAGUAUCAAAUAAAGGUCAGAAUAAUUUAGAUUUGGAUGAAACAAUAAAACCUACAAACAUAAAAAGGAUGAUUUUUAUAACUUAGAACACAAAUAUAGAUUUAACAUUUCUAAGAUUUUUAAAUAAAAAAAUCAUCAUUUGAGAUUUUUAGGACCCCAUUUUGUUCAUUUGUUUAUAUUCCAUAGUCUAUGUUGAAUAUUGCGAUGAAUGUGAAUUUUCUACUGUGGAAAAAACAACAAUAUAGAGGAUGUAACAUCAGUUUG